AUGGGUGGGUACCUGUUGAUAUUCUUGCUUGAGAUUUCUCUUGGCGGCUUGGCUGUUGAAGCAGCAAGUCAAAAACCUCCUCAUUUUAUACGCACCGUUUGGAGAUUUUCAAGUGAAGUCUACGAAAAGCGCGAUUGGGGUAACAGCACCCCUAUUGCUCUGGCAAUUCUCCUUUGGACUUCCAUUAAGUUAGGUGAAGAUGGGUUUUUCAGUACUGACCCUAGUGGGAAACCUGAUUUUGAAGUUAAGAGGGCUUAUCCUUUCCGUUCUGGCUUCGUCAGGUAG